UCAAUUAUUGCCAUUUGUCUCUUUUUUAUCUCAUUAAUACCAUUUAGUGUUAUAGAAAAAAAUACAUUACAAGCAUUACCUGGUGAAUUACAAAAUUGGUAUAAUAAAUAUGAACAAUAUCAUAUUUAUAAUGCUUAUGGUUUAUUUCGAUCGAUGACCGGUGUUGAUGGACGACCAGAAUUAAUUGUUGAAGGAGCAUUUGAAUCAACAAAUUCAAAAGGUUUACAAUGGAAAGAAUAUGAAUUUCAAGCAAAACCGAGUAUACUUUCACAUUCAACAACAUUUGUAGCGCCGCAUCAACCACGCUUAGAUUGGCAAAUGUGGUUUGCUGCAUUAUCCAAUUAUCAACAUGAAGCGUGGCUUGCCAAUUUUCUUUAUCGUUUAUUAACAAAUCAAAAUGAAGUAUUAAAAUUAAUUAAAUAUUCACCAUUUGCUAAUAAACCUCCAAAAUAUCUUCGAGUCAUGUUAUAUCGUUAUAAUUUUACAGAAUUAGGCUCAUCAAAUUGGUGGAAACAUAUAUUACAAAUAAAAUCAAAAACAAUUGAAUUAUCCGUAUUAGUUAUUUAUUUGCAAGCAAUACAUUCAUUUAGUGAUAAAAUGAAUCCUAUUUUAUUUACAUGGUUUCCUGUUUGUUUUGCAUUUAUUAUACUUAUUUUAAAAAAAUGUUUAUGUUCAACAUCGAAUUAUUAUAUGAAGAGCCGACAAUCCUAUCAAACCAAUGGUCAUAUAUUUCAUCAAGUAUCAUCUUUGUGUUUGGCAUUAUCCAAUGAUAAUACGCAUAUUCAAAUGGAAAAAUGUGAUGAAUCAAAUUAG